AUGAACGAUCCGGAGCAACAUGAGGGAUCUUCUUUCGACUCCGCAAUGAUGCCACCACCAGCACUUCCACAGCGACCAUCAUCGUCUCAGGUUUAUUCGUCGGAACCAUCGGUUCAAACAAUCAGAUCCACUCUUCACCGUCCAUUGACCGCCAAUCAGCAACAAUUCGUUCAAAAAACUAAAGAGAAAGUUGAGAAGAACGUGAAUCAUGAUGAUACUCACGAGUUCAUCAAUCAGCUCGGUGACUAUCCACCGACGAUUCCGGACUCUGUCACUAUGCAUUUCCUUAAGUCGGCUGGAGUGGAGGGAACUGAUCCACGUGUGACUAGAAUGAUUUCGCUGGCUGCCCAAAAGCAUAUCUCGGAUAUUAUUCUUGAUGCUAUGACAAGUGCUCGCAUGAAGGGCAUCGGACAGACCAAGAAAGGCACGAAAGAAACGAAAUUCACGUUGACCGAAGAGCUUCUUGACGAGAUUCUGAAAGAAUAUGGACAUGAAAACACUCGCCCACCAUACCACAUCUAA